CUCGGAAGAGAGAGGCACCGACUGGAUACAUGUGAGGCUGCUGGUGUUUGAAGCUCUUGCUGUGACGUUUUGUGGAUUUGGAGCAAUGCGGCGGCUUUAUGUCGGCGGGCUGAACCACACGGUCACCCAGAAGGACCUGAAGGAUCGGUUUGGAAAGUUUGGAGAGGUGCUGGAUGUAGAACUGCGGACCAGGAGGGACGAGGAGGGUGUUCCUUACAAAACCUUCGCCUACAUCAACAUCAACGUUUCUGACGCAGACCUGAAAAAAUGUUUGACGGUUCUUAACAAAUCCAAAUGGAAAGGAGGAACUCUGCAGAUUGAAACAGCCAAGGAGAGUUUCCUCCACAGGUUGGCUCAGGAGCGUCAGGAGGCAGCAGAGCGUCUUCUUCAUAAAUCUUCAGUUGAAGGAGAGAAACAGAACCUUCUGGACUCAUUGAGCAAAGCAGGAGUGGAAAACUUCACCAUGAAGGCUGCGGUGCCAGGAUCAGAAGUACCAGGAAAGAAGGACUGGGUGGUCAGUAAAUUUGGUCGAGUCCUUCCUAUGCUGCAGCUCAGGUGUCAGAAAGGCAUCAAAACUCGAACAGUGAAGUACGACCCGUCAAAAUAUAGCCACAACAUCCGCAAGCUGGACCUAACAAGUCCAGAUGAGACCAAGUCAGUGACCCAGCUCACCUGGGAGGUCGAGGGAGGGGACAAUGACAUCAGUAAGAAAAGGAGGGGUGAGUUCCCCCCAUAUGAGCCGAUCAAAGCCAAGAAGAGGCGGACAGAUGCAGUCGACUCCCUUAAUGCUUUCAGCAGAAGCAGAUCGAAGCAGAACUCUGACAGAAACACUGACGUCAAUCCGCUCACCAACGGUUUUGACCUGCUAACCAAUCACAGAGCAGCUCCAAGGAAGGGGAGGUGGUUUUCUGACAGCGACAUCGACUCAGACGAGGAAAUCCACAGGCUGGUGGCCGCCCAGCAGAGCUCCCAUGAUGCACAGCAGCAGGAGGUAGAGGACGAUAACCUGGAGGUGGUGGGACUCGACUACUUGGUGAAAUCAGGACCCAAAGGAGAUGAGGAAGACUAUGACUCUGCUGGAACAGAUGAACUGUUUGAAUCCAGGAGAAAUCCACCUGCCCCCCCACAGGAGAAACCUUCAUCAGCAACAACCAAUCAGUGUUCAGCUGAAAGCAGAGACAAGAAGAGACAAAGGAAGAGAAAAGAUCCAUCUGGAGAAGUUUCCUCCAGUCGACCUUCAUCCUCCAUGCAGAAAGAGAAGCCAGCUGCAGUCCAGCCAGAUUCACACAGAGAUGACCAUGAAGAGGAGGGAAACUCAUCUGACUCGUCCUCAGAUUUUGAUUUCCCCGCCCUGUUUUCUCCUAACGCCAGCCAUCUGAGGAUCUCCUUGGCUGAUUUACAGAAGCUGGCCGAGUCCAGAGUUCCCAGCAUCUUCAGAACCGGACCGAAGCUGGAGUCCAGGCCCCCGGAAAGACCUAAAUCCAAGGAGCCCAUCACGCCCGAUGAGAUCCUCGCCUCCAUCCUGGGAGAGGACAGCAGCAGCGAGGACGAAGAGCAGCAGAAGAGGAGCAAAACAGAAGAAGUACCGUCAACGUCGCUGCAGGUCUCAGAAGGAACCAAACCUCAGAUGGAAGCUUCACUGACAGACAGGAGUCAGAGGAGGAGGAGGGAGAAUGAGCAGAAGCUGAUUUCUGAAUCUCUACAUGAGGCUACAGACAGUCAGAGACAGAAACCUGGAGGAACACAAACAUCAGACUCUUCCUCUGGGAGUGAAGAAGAGGAGGAGGAAGAGGAGGGGGAACUAUCUGCAGCUGAGGAUCAGCCUUCAUCCAGCAGCAGCUCAGAGGAAGAAGAGCAGGAGCCUGGAGCGGCUGCUCGUCCAGCUCCUGCUCCAUGCAGCGAGUCCUCCUCCAGCCAGGAGGAGGAGGAAGAGGAGGCUCCUCCCCGGGUGGUGUUAGCAGCUGAGGAGGAAGAGGAGCUGCAGAGGAAGGCCAACAUGAGGAGGCUGGCUGCUCUCCAACAGAGACAGAAGGAGGCUGAGGAGCAUCAGAGGCUCAUCCAGGGAGCUCUGGCCAACCUGGACGCUCCGCCUUCAGCCUCAGGGAAACACAUCGUCUUCGGUUCGGAUGAUGAGGAAGAAAAGCCGGAGCUGGUUUCAGAGGUCAAAAAGUCAGCGACGCCUCUCUUCCAGGACAGCCAAUCAGAGGAUGAAGCCACAGCUGAUGGAGCAGCAGCAGCCAAUCAGAGAGUGGAGCGUCUGAAGCCGUCGGGUCCGCAGCUGUUUGCUGACAGCGAAGAUGAUGAGGAAGGUGAUGAAGAGGAGGAUGGCGGCAGAUUUGACAUCAGGCCGGAGUUUGAAGGUCGAGCUGGACAGAAGCUGAUGGCGCUACAGUCUCGCUUUGGGACGGAUGAGCGGUUCCGGAUGGACUCCCGGUUCCUGGGGGAGGAGGAGGAGGAUGAAGAGGAGCAGACAGAAGCCCAGGAGAGUCUGAUGGAGGACGAUGAGGCUCUGGAGGAGGAGAAGAAGAAGAAUAUGUCCAUCCUGCAGAGCGUCCUCGGAAGCAGCCAGCAGACCAGCAGCAAGACAGCCGGCAAAGCCAAGAAGUUCAGAGACGUUUCUGCGUUGCAUUACGACCCGAGCAAAGAGGAACACGCUGCAUUUGAGACCAAAACUGAAACCACGAAGGAGAGUAAGGCGGCCCGCAGGAAGAAGAGGGAAGAGGCUCAGAAGCUUCCUGAAGUCUCCAAAGAGAUUUAUUUCGAGGUGUCCGGAGACCUGAAGGCCGUAUUCGGACAGACAAACGACGGCUCUGCUGAGGGAGAGGAGGAGAAAAACUGGGAUCAGGUGGAGGAAGAAGAGGGAGGAGGAGAGGAAGAACAGCUGCUGUCCUCCUUCCUGUCAGCCGAUCCCAGCACCAAGUCAGAGGAUUCCACUGGAUUCACAUUUUCCUUCUUUGGAGACGAACCAGAGGCUGGAAGCGGAGAGACGACCGAGUACAAAGCUGAGAAGAUCCAGGCUCCCAAGGUCUCCUGGCACCAAGACCCACGUUUCCAUGACAGCAGCUCUGAGGAGGAGGAGGAGGAGGAGGAGGAAGAGGAGCAAAGAAGCAGCACUGAAGCUAAAAACACAGAAGAGGAGACUCCUUCAAAGCCGGAUUUCUUCUUCUUCUUCUUCUCAUCUGAUGACCACAGACUGAAAGAGGGACCCAGGUUGUUCUGUCGGACGUCCCAGCUGGAGGAUCAGAGGGGGCAGUGGGAGGAGAGGAGGAACACGCUCAGACAGGAGUACCGCAAGAAGCAUAAAGAUGCCAGGAGGAAGCUGAAGACCUCCCAGAAGAGCUGAGGAUUAUGGGAAGUGAAGUCUGUAUGUUCCAGUGGACUCUCAACACGGAGAUGAUUUCUUCUCCUGUGAUGUUCUGCUCCAGCAGGAGUGAAUUUAGCUCUGAAGAGUUGGGAUUUUCUUAGUAGCUGCUGAGCUCUGGGCUGCAGCCAAUCAGCUACAGAUGAAUUAAACUAGAAUAAAACACAACUAAAGUAAUAAAGUGUUUCAGAAUAAAACACAGAAAUAAUAAAACAUGAUGUCCUUAUACUUUUUUUACAAUGUCCAUCCUUUAAGAAAGUAAUAAACUUCAAAGUUUUGACUUGUUUACUCCU